AUGCCGGCAGCCAAGUGCCCCCGGCUGGGCCGGCCGGGAAAGCGAGAGGUGAUGCGGGGAGUGUGUAAAACACGCAGCCUUGGAAAAGCCAAACGAACGAAAAAGCCUGCAGAUCGGUCAAAGCUUUUCAGAACGAUGGGUUGUGAGUGUAACCUCUACAGCCGGCACAUCCAGAUCGACGGAGAGACCUUGGCUAUCCAAGUGCAAGAUACUCCGGGAGUUCAGAUUCACGAACACAACCUGGAUUGUAACGAGCAGCUGAACAGAUGCAUUCGCUGGGCAGACGCCCUGGUGAUUGUCUUCUCCGUCACAGACUAUAAGAGCUACGAACUACUCAGCCACCUUUACCAUCACGUUCGACAGCUGCACCCAGGAAACGCGGUCCCUGUUGUCAUCAUAGCCAACAAAGCCGAUCUCUUGCAUAUCAAAGAGGUGGAGCCUCAGCAUGGACUUCAGCUGGCCAACAUGCUGGGCUGUACUUUCUACGAAGUAUCUGUCAGUGAAAACUACAACGAUAUCUUCAACGCCUUCCAUAUCCUCUGUAAAGAAGUCAGCAAACAGCAAACGGCCAGCACCCCUGAGAGGAGGAGAACCUCUCUUAUUCCUCGUCCCAAAUCGCCCAACAUGCAGGAUCUGAAGAGGAGGUUUAAGCAAGCUUUGUCUGCCAAAGUGAGGACCGUCACUUCUGUUUGA